CGGUAUUUUCUGAGUAGUUACUCAGAGAACCUCUGUUAGGGUCUAAAAUGGCCUACACUUCUUAUUUAAUACCAACAUAUGUUCAGUGUUAAUUCAACUCUAACAGUGUUUAUAUGGAAUCAAAUGGGGAUCAAAUAUAGGCUAAUAUGUGAAGGUGGAAAUUAUAUAUUAUUUGUAUUUAUGUUCUCCUUCCUGUAGCAUUAUGUUUCUUGAGAACAGAUAAACGCCCCACCAUCAAAUGCUUGUUUAUCGUAUUAGGGAAAGAACAAACAACAAUAUGCUCCAUUGGCACAAUCCAUUUCCCAUUUCGGGCUAAUAUCAUUUUACCAUCAUAAUGGAAAGUCGAUACAGGAGGACACCACAGUUCAGCGCUGCAGAUCACUCUACGCUCGCCAGAGAGACAAGCCUACUUCCCCUAACCCUCGCAGAAGAUGGAAAGGAUUGCUACAUCACCAUUUACGCAGAUAAAAUAAUAUCAGUUUUUAAAAAAGUACACCGAACAGAAGCACCUCUCUGGUUAAAGCAGCGUUCAGGACAUACCAGAGUUUAUUCAAGAACUGGAACAGUCUUCCUCAGCAUGUUAGUAGUGACCUCUCUUUCCCCUCUUCUUCUUCUUCUCCUUUCAGUUCCUCAAGUGGAGCUUUUUCCAGAAAAGCCCCGGAGAUCUGCUCUGAACCAGCUCACUAGAACUCUUCUCCGUCACUACAACUGCGGGGUCCGGCCCGUUUGGAACUGGACCGACCCAACAGUGGUCUACAUUGAUUUGAUCCUCCAGUCCGUGCUUGAAGUGGAUGGGCAGACACAGAAAGUGACAACAAGUAUGUGGUAUCGCCAGAUCUGGAAAGACGAGUUUCUGGUUUGGGACCCGGCUGAGUUCGAUGGGAUUAAUGAGAUCUCCCUCUCAUCUGAUGCCAUCUGGGUGCCCGACAUUGUCAUCAGCGAAUUCGUGGACGUUGGCCGAUCGCCACACAUCCCUUACAUUUAUGUGAACUCCUCUGGGACAGUGAAGAACUACAAGCCCAUUCAGGUGGUGUCAGCCUGUGACCUGGAGAUCUACGCCUUCCCCUUCGACCGGCAAAACUGCACCCUCACGUUCCGCAGCUGGCUGCACACAGUUAAGGAGGUGGACUUGGCCUUGUGGAGGAGCGCAGAAAAGAUCUCCAGCGAUAAGAGAGAGUUCAUGGACGACGGCGAGUGGGAGCUUCUGUCUGUGCCCUCCCGAUACGAGCAGCUGCACCUGGGGGGCGGGGACUACGCCCAGAUCCAGUUUAACGUGGUGAUUCGCCGCCGCCCCCUGCUGUACGUGGUGAGCCUGCUGAUCCCCAGCAUCUUCCUCAUGGUGGUGGACGUGAUUAGCUUCUACCUGCCCCCGAACAGCGGCACCCGCAUCACCUUCAAGACCAGCAUCCUGCUGGGCUACACCGUCUUCAGAGUCAACAUGACCGACGAGCUCCCAGCAACGGCCAUAAAAACUCCACUUAUUGGCGUUUUUUUUGCCGUCUGCAUGGCACUCCUGAUCCUCAGCCUGGCCAAGUCGAUCCUGGUGGUGAAGCUGCUGCACCAUAACGAGGAGGCGGUGAAGGAGAUGUCCGUGUCUGCCUGUCUGCUGGACAAAUACGGCUCCUCCAGCCACAGCUUCAACGAGAGCUCCUUCACCUCUGUCAAAACUCUGGAAGACAUGGAUCAGUAUGGCGGCAUUGAGCUGGACUUCUCCCCAGAGGAGGACUUCCUCUCUCUCUGCGAGCCCCAGGAAAGCACCCUGCAGCUGGAGAAGGUGCUCCAGGAAAUGGUGUCCCUCAGGUACUACCUGCUCCAGGAGGAGAGCGACAGCUCCACCCAGUCGGACUGGGUGGCCCUCUGCUACAAGGUGGACAAGCUCCUCUUCCGCCUCUACCUGCUUAUCCUGCUCGUCUACACCACCACCCUGCUGUCCCUGUGGAUCUACUGGGGCUCAGCCUAAAACUGCAGGCACGGGCAACAUUUCACAGUGUCUGCAAUGACAUUCUACAGACCACAGCGGGAAGUGUCCUCACAAGCACAGUGUGUAGCAAGGGGAAAAAUAAGAUUACAGAAGUCUGAGUAUUCAAUGGGUUUUACUGAGAAAAUUGAAACCACAUAACUAUGGGUCGCAGAUGCUUUACUCCUGUAAGGAAUAAUGUGUUCUACAACUUGGCAUAGAAAACAUAAUGUAGAGUGAAAUUAAACAUUUGUGCCAUUGCUUGCGAGAAAUUAUUGCUUUGCAGUGCUUUUAUCUUUGUAAUAAAAAGGCAGGAUAAAAGGUUUUGUAAUUUACACUGUGAAUUGAUUUUCAUAACGCGAAAUGAUUAAGGGGUGCCAACUAAAAAGCAGUUUGCCGUUUCAUUAAGCCUUACACCUUAUUACUUCUCUGCCUUUGCUUAAGGUAC